AUAACCUGUGUGACAGCGCCGCCAACUCGCAGCGUUGGUUGAGAAACGCAGAGGCAGUGUGAAAUAUCAGUCAGUUCGGUGUGCUUUCAUCUCUUGACGGGCGCGGCCGCGACGUAGUCGAACACGAGUGAAAAAAUGUCACAACGCGCGAAGCGAUCCGGUGCCUCGACACCGGUCCCGGUGCAGGCGAGCACCCCGGUGCAGCAGAGCAGCAGCACGUCGGUGCAUCACCAUCACAGCAGCACUUCAUCCGCCCGCCCAGCGAGCCCGCUCAGUCCGACGCGCCACUCCCGGCUGCAGGAAAAGGCCGACCUCCAGAACCUCAAUGACCGGCUGGCGUGUUACAUCGACCGCGUGCGGUACCUGGAGCAGGAAAACUCGCGCCUCACGAUGGAGGUGCGCACCUCCCAGGAUACGACCACCCGGGAGGUAUCGAACAUCAAGUCGAUGUACGAGCACGAGUUGUCCGACGCCCGUAAACUGCUCGAUGAGACAUCCCGCGAAAAGGCCAAGCUCGAGAUCGACGGCAAACGUAUCCUGGAAGAAAACGACGACCUCAAGAAGCGUCUGGAUCGUAAAACGAAGGAAGCCGCGGAUGCCGAACGCAACUCUCGUGCCCAGGAAGCACGUGCUAACGAGAUGGCCAGCAAGUAUCACACGUUGGUCUCCGAACACAAGAAGGCCAAGGACGAGCAGAAGGAGAUGGAGAAGGAGUUGACCAAGUUGAAGAAGCAACUGGAAGCUCUGCGCAAGAACCUCGAGGACGAAACGCUGACCCGCGUCGAGCUGGAGAACUCCGUCCAGACACUGCGCGAAGAGCUAACGUUCAAGGAUCAGGUGCACCAACAGGAAAUCACCGAGACGAAGACACGCCGCCAGGUGGAAAUCAGCGAAAUCGAUGGCAUGCUUUCGGAGCAGUACGAAGCGAAGCUGCAGCAGACACUGCAGGACUUGCGCGAUCAGUACGACAUGCAGCUCCGUGUGAAUCGUGAAGAAAUUUCCGAUCUGUACGAGGCUCGUCUUCGCGAUUUGGAGCAGCAGAUGAACCACGAGCGCUUGCGCCAUGCUGACGAGAAGGCCAAGAUGAUGGAGGAAGUGGAGCGCUUACGCAAGGAGAUCUCGAUGCAGUUGCAGGAGUACCAGGAUCUCAUGGACAUCAAGAUCUCCCUGGACAUGGAGAUCGCCGCCUACGACAAGCUGCUGAGCUCGGAAGAAGAUCGCCUGAAGAUUACACCGGGCAGCCAAACGUCCAUCUUCUCGCAUUCGAGCAUGCUGUCGGGUAGCCUUUCGCGUAGCGGUGUCGUACGCCGUACUCCAAGCCGUGCUGCGGCCAAGCGCAAGCGUACCGUGUUGGAGGAAUCUGACGAACGUAGCGUGUCGGACUUCUCGGUCACUUCGUCCGCCAAGGGUGAUGUUGAGAUCGUGGAGGUAGAUCCGGAGGGUAAAUACGUUAAGCUGCACAACAAAUCAUCGAAGGAAGUUCAAAUUGGAGGCUGGUCGCUGACGCGUAAGGUUGGCAACAACGAAACUGUGUUCAAAUUCCAUCGCUCGUUGAAGCUCGACGGUGGAGCGUUCGUUACUGUUUGGUCGUCGGAUUUGGGCAAGGACCAUGAGCCACCGACGACGAUCGUCAUGAAGGGACAGAAAUGGUUCGCUGGUGACAACAUGACCACCCAUCUGAUGAACGCCGAUGGAGAGGAGGUUGCCGCUUCGGAGCGCGUGAAGCGAAUCAUAUCCACUGCCGCAUCGCGCCACCGCGAAUAUCUUGGAAGUUAUGGCGAAGAACUUCACCAUCAGCAGGGUGAACCCAAAGGUGACGAAAAGUGUCGCAUCAUGUAAUAGUACCGCAGCAGCAACAAGAACACAUUGGUGUCGAUAAUCUUUAAUUUUAUCUCUAUACACAUUACAUUUGAUUGUUUGUCCCAUCGUCGGUUGGGGGUAUAUGUUGUAAGCGUUUAAUUUAACGUAUAGCUGAAUGAUGUACCUCUUGGAGCACGACGUGGUGCGAUAUGUUGUGCAACGGCUUUGUAUUCCUGCGCACUACUAAUUACAUCGAUAGAGAAGAAAAGAGGCGAAGCAUUAUAAAAUUAGAUUCAUUUGUUUUCGUCCUAUACUAUAAACGCAGGAUACCCGCAGCGAAUCGUCACAAUAUAGUUUCAGUCAUCGUUUUUCUUUUUUUUUUUAAUCUGUGUGAACUACAAACUCACACGCUCACAAACAACCUCGUGGCAGCGAUCACAUUUUAAUGGGCGAAUACUAUAAAAUUUAGUAUGCGGUCUCAUCAGAUGCUAGAGAAUGAAGAGGAAUCCCCAUUAUGUGGGAUACGCUAUACAUGUAACAUACUAACUACGAAACUAAUUAGUUGUACAAUCACUUGCGACUCACGCAUUUUCUGUGCGGCUCUUAAUCAAUCGUUUAACUAAAGAAAACAAACAGAAAAAGAACAUGUACCAUUAGGUACUGUCGGUCUUUUGCGCGUUACGUCACGUAAAUGCGAAAUAACAAUUAUAAAACUAACAGAAAAACAAAAGCAAAGCACACACAGUAAUUAAGAGGCCUUUUUGUUGCGAGAGAAAUAACAAACACUCAGAUUAACUUACUAGCGUUAAAAGGGAAUAGCGGAGUUGCGUGGCGAUAGUGGUUAAUUCGAAAAAUUGAGUGCACAAGCGAAAUAAAUCGAGAUCGUUUAGAAGGGACCUUAGACAGUCGUAUUCGUAGCCUAAUGAUUCUAGUUAUGCUUUUGUUUGCUUUGUCCCGUCGGUGAAGAAGUGUUCGUAUUCUUAUCUCGAUUAUGGUUUAAUUCUUUGUCGUAAUUUUUGCCAUAAGUUCGGGGCUUGUACGUCUGACGAUAAGCGAUAGGCUAGUUUGGUUUAAACGCCAUACUAACGGAUUUAACUCAUGUUUCCCGACUCUCGUUGAUUCGCUUUCGGGCGCCGAGUUCCACAGCUUCCUUAAUUACGACUGAUUUGAUCUACGCUCAACUCGACGUGCGGUUUGAUUAAUUUUCAGCAUUUGGUUUAUUUAUUUAUCCUGAAUUGCGUUUCGGAGAGUUUGCCAUGAUGUUUUGCUUUUAUCCCAAUUAUAUAAUUUUCGCGAAACCGCGUCACGGUGCUCUUCUUUGCUUCCGUAUUCUCAGUACAAUGGGACAGUUUCUUCCAGCCCGCAGAAUAAAAGCGCCGAACGGAGCAUCAAUUAACACGGUUGCCAGCGAGUAGUAGCGUAACUUGUGAAGAAGGAGGCGAUUUAUAAUAA